AUGCCACAAAGAACAUUUUCACCACGUACUUUUAUGGGUGAUCGUGGAAUCGUUCUUGAUAGUUAUGGCAGGGUUUUAAAGAAUGAAUCCUUCUCAUCUAUAUAUGACAAUGAUAAGAAAAUAGUUGCACCCAAGCCAUGGAAAACAUCAAACGUUACUCAUUUCUCAAAUAGUCAAUUUGAGGAAGCAGGUCAAGAAAUACAGACGAUUAUUUUAAACUCUUUUAUUGGUGAUUUCGAUGAUUUGGUAGGGCACAACGAUUUCUUUGAGAACCAACAAAACAACUUUGGCAUCGGUAAAAACCAUUUGAAUAUUAGCAAUAGUAGUAUUGGUACAACAAUUGGUCACAGCCGUAACAAUAGUACUUCUUCAUCAACAACCACCUUUAAUAGCAGUAAUAACGUAGUUCAAUGCAAUAGCAGCAACAGCAACAACAACAGCAAUAGCAAUAAUAGUAGUAGCAGCGUCAAAGCAACCAACAAGAGUUCAGAUAAUGAAAAUAACGAGUGUAAAGUGAAUAUAAAUGAUUUUCCUAUCAACUCUCUCAGUAUAAUAGAAAACUACGCUCAAGAUUCAACCUCUUCAAUAAUCGAAUUGAAGAUUCCUCUUUUUACACAAUCGCCUGGCUUGAUCACCGAGCCAAUCACACCACCAACACGUACACAUAACCCAAUCACACUGAAUCAAGCAUUUGCCUCCGAUAUAAAUAGGAUGAUGGAAAUCGAUGUGGAAAAUGACAUUGAAAAUGAUCUAUACGAUAUAAAUAGUUCUUUGAUAGAACAAUUGCCGAAUACAGUAGAAGAACUGAUGCAACACUCUGCAGUGCAAAGACAACUUAAAAACCAACCUGUAUAUUUAAAAUAUUUUUGGAAGAUAUUGUUAAUUAUAUCAGUUUUUUAUUUUCUACCUUCGAUUCAAUUUGUAUUCUUUCAAUAUGAAGAUAAUGCUCAAUGUUAUUUCAAUUUUAAAUGUGCCCACGAGUUUUUAGGAUUAAAAGCGUUCAACAAUGCAGGAGGAUCAUUUUUACUUAUUUUACAUUUCACUGCGCCCAAAGAGGAUGGAAUCAAUGGAUUGCACACCGAUAUGUCACUCUACUAUUGUGUAGGUGUGUCUGUGCUAUGUGAGGGUUUCUCAUCGGCACUCUACCACGUUUGUCCAUCGAAAUUGAAUUUCCAAUUCGAUACCACCUACAUGCUGAUAGGCUCAGGACUUUUAUUUUUCACUGUUCACCAAAAGAGACAUGCCACCUUUACAGCUGGUGCAUUCCGUGCGUACUCUUUCUUUGCAAUGUUUAUAUUUUUGAACUUUUUAUCAUUGACCGCCAUUAGUGGAUAUAUUUUCUGGUCAAUAUUUUUCAUAUUAUUUGCAUAUAUUUCUAUAUCCGGAUCAGGAUAUUUAUUAGCACACAAGAGAUUGUCGAUCAAUCCAUCAGUAUCUGUACUUUGGAACUAUGUCAAGAAGAUUCGUCAUCCAAGCGAAGUGGAGGACAAACCACGUCUUUUUGCAAUCAUUUUGGCAUUUGUAUUGAAUUGGGGAAUUGUUUUAGCUUCAUCCAUUGUUGGAAUUGGACUUGGAUUCUACUUUUUCGAAAUUGCUGUUACCAAUAAGUUCCUACCAUUUGACGAAUCGAAGGAAUUGAAUAAGCCAUGUGUAGUGUUUGGAUAUUUCGAUACACAUGAUGUUUGGCAUUUCUUCUCCGCCGUUGGUUUAUUUACUGUGAUGUCAGUCGUUUACUUUAUCGAUUAUGAUUUGCGCAAUGUUCCAAGAUCUCUAAUUCAUGUAUUCUAA